AUGCUUUUCCACGAUUUCUAAUUGCAGGUCAUUUGUCAUUUGAUGGUACGUUCCAUACAUGCCGCCACAUCUUCAGAACCUAUUCUUGAAAAAUUGCAUGGCUUUCGAAAAUUAUGUCCAGCCCUCAAUCCCUCGUUUUGAUGGCCAUCACUACGACCAUUGGAGUAUGUUGAUGGAGAAUUUUUUCCAGUCCAAAAAGUAUUGGACUAUUGUUGAAGCUAAAGUUCCAAAACCAGAGAUAGGUGCAAAUGAUGCACAAAGGGCAGAAAUUGAGAAGGAAAAGUUUAAGGAUCUCAAGGCUAAGAACUAUUUGUUCCAAGCCAUAGAUUGGGCUAUCUUGGAAACAAUUCUUAACAAGUCUAAUUCCAAGAAUAUUUGGGAUUCCAUGAAGAAGAAGUACCAGGGGAAUGAAAGAGCAAAGCGGCAACAGCACCAGGCUUUGCGGGCAGAUUUCAAAACCACAGUUAAUUCAAGGGCUGUAGGUCGAGGAAAAGAAAACUGGAAAGGCAAACCAAGAUCUGGCAAACCGAGAUCUGACAGAUUGGAGGAAAGUUCAUCCAUUGGAAUUCAGAAGAGGUGGCAGAACAGAAAUUAUCAAGCUACAGAUAACAGAUCCAAAUCUGCAGGAAAGGCAAAUAUUGAAUGCUUCAGAUGUCAUAAGUAUGACCAUUAUCGUUCUGAAUGCAGUGUUAAUCUAAAUAGAGGAGAAAGUUUCAAUUUUGUAGAACACAAUGAGAAGAAUGACGAUUCCUCUCUAUUCAUGGUCUGUCAUCCUAAAGAAGUCAACAAGAAGAAUGUGUGGUAUCUGGAUAUUAGUUGCAGCAACCACAUGUGUAGAGACAAAUCUACAUUUUCAGAUUUGGAUGAGUCUUGUCAAGACAAGGUGAAAUUUGGUAAUAAUUCCACUAUUGCAGUCAAGGGAAGGGGAAAGACCAAGUUAGAAGCCUUAGCAGCCUUUAAAAAUUUCAAAGCCUUGGUUGAGAAUGAGGUUGGCAAAUCUGUAAAGGUUCUGCGUACAAAUCAUGGUGGUGAGUUUAAUUCAAAGGAAUUUGCAGAUUUUUGUGAGUCCAAUAGCAUUAAAAGGCAACUCACAGCAGCCUAUACACCUCAGCAUAAUGGUGUAUGUGAGAGGAGGAAUUGCACAAUCAUGAAUAUGGUGCGAAGUCUGAUGUCAAAGAGCGGCUUGCCUAAGGAAUUUUGGCUAGAAGUUAUUAAUUGGAGUGUUCAUAUCUUGAACAGAAGUCCCACAUCUCCACUUCCAGAUUUGACGCUAGAAGAGGCUUGGAGUGGACGUAGACCUGCUGUUGAUUACUUCAGAAUUUUUGGGUGCAUAGCAUAUGCACAUGUGCCAGAUCAGAAAAGGAAUUGUGAUCCAUUGACAUAUAAAGAGGCUGUUAAAGAAGAAAAGUGGCAAAAAGCCAUGGCAAAAGAAAUUGGUUCUAUUGAAAGGAACCAGACUUGGGAGUUGAUAGAUCUUCUAGAAGGGCACAAAAUAAUUGGUGUUAAGUGGAUCUACAAGACAAAGCUCAAAGAGAAUGGGAUGAUUGACAAAUUCAAAGCUCGCUUGGUGGCAAGGGGUUACAAGCAAGAGUUUGGCAUUGAUUAUCAAGAAGUUUUUGCUCCAGUUGCAAGGAUGGAUACCAUCAGAUUGGUGAUUGCAUUGGCAGCACAGAACUCAUGGCCGAUCUACCAGCUUGAUGUGACAUCUGCCUUCGUGCAUGGAAAUUUGCAAGAACAGGAAGUUCUGGACAGAUUUCAAAUGAAGAACUACAAUUAUGUCACUACACUAGUUGACAAAGGUGUAAAGCUCGUGAAAGAUCCAGGAGGCAGAUCUGUGGACAGCAAAUUGUAUAAGCAGACUGUUGGAAGUUUGAUGUAUUUGACAGCAACAAGACCAGAUAUAAUGCAUGGUGUAAGUCUGAUUAGCAGAUAUAUGGAGCAUCUAAAGGAGUUGCACUUGCAGACUGCUAAAAGAAUUCUCAAGUAUUUAUGUGAAACUGUAGAUUUUGGACUAUUUUAUAAGAAGGGUGAUCAGACAAAUCUCGCAGGCUUUACAGACAGUGAUUAUGCUGGAGAUCUGGAUGACAGAAAAAGCACUUCUAGGUUUGUUUUUAUGCUGGGAUCUGGUGCAAUUUCAUGGUCUUUAAAGAAGCAGCCCAUUGUGACUUUGUCCACAACAGAAGCGGAGUAUGUGGCAGCAACUUCUUGUGCUUGUCAAGCUAUUUGGUUGAGUUAGAAUUAUGGAAGAACUUAAGCUGAAUCAACAUGAGGCCACUUCAAUUUAUUGUGAUACUAGUUCAGUCAUCAAGCUUUCUAGAGAUCUAGUUUUGCAUGGGAGAAGCAAGCAUAUACAUGUGAGGUAUCAUUUCUUGCGCGACUUGGUAGAAGAAGGAACAAUUGAGUUGAUUUAUUGCAGAAUAGAAGAUCAAGUGGCUG